AAACUAUAUGAAUGGCUUGAUGGAUUGUAUUGAGGGAAGCAAUCAAAUGAUUGCCAUUGGAUGUAAGACUUCAGACCUCAUAUAAGCUACUGGAUAUGGUUGAAUCCAUUAUUGAUCUAUUUCAAUGGCGUUAUUAUCGACCCAGAGCCAAACAGGUCACCGGGACCCAGGACUAAAGCAGGUACACCGAGUUUAAACAGCUUAAAUCUGUCGUUUGUUUCCGGCGAUGUCCACGUCCUACCUCGAUCUGCGCAGCGCGAUUUCAGCACCACCGCACCUGGACAGCGACCGCAUGGAACAAACCCUCGAUCCCUUUCCAGACACCGAACAUCAGAGCCGCACGCUGCUACACACCGCUCCCCGGGGGCUCGGCAUGGCUCUGGAGGAAGAGCUGGCCAUGCUCACCGGGGAGCGGGACGGGGAUGUGGAGCUAUCCGCCUCAGAGACACCUGUGAGCGGGCAGGACUCGGACCUACUGGCCCUCUUCCGACAGAAAGAGAAGGACCUGGUGCUCGCUGCUAAACUGGGCAAAGCUCUACUUGAACGAAACCAGGACCUCACAAAGCAAUAUGAGAAAAUGACCAAGGACUUAAACGACAAACUAGAGCUCUUGGAGCAGGAAAAACAUGAGUUGCGACGUCGUUUGGAGAGUCGCGAGGGGGAGUGGGAAGGUCGGGUGGCCGAACUGGAGACAGAUGUAAAACACCUGCAGGGAGAGCUGGAGAAGCAGCAGGUGCAGCUGCGCGAGGCCGAUCGCGACAGGAGUCGCACAAUCAGUGAACUGUCAGAACAGAACCAUCUACUACUGGAGCAACUCAGCUUGGCUGCCAAAGUGGAGAAGCAGUUAUUUACUCAGGUCCAUUCAUUACAAGACAAUUUCAGAGAAAAGAGCAUCUCCACCAACCAACACAUGACACGGCUUGAGACCCUACAGGCCGAGCAAGGGCUUGAAAUAAAGACGUUGUCAGAGCAUAAGCAGGAAUUGGAGCGACGUGUGAAUGCUGUACUGGAGGAAAACGAGCAACUUCAGAGCACGGUGGACGAUCUGAGAGAGAGAACGCUGGUGCUGGAGAAACAGUGUCACGAGAAAAACUUACAGCUGCGACAAAGUCAGUUGGAACUGCAGGAAGUGCGCUUGUCUCACCGGCAGUUGAGCGCACGUUUAGAGGAACUGACAGAGGAACGGAGUCUUCAUGGCUUCAGUCCGAAUCCUCACAGCCUCCUCUGUGAGAUAGAACAGUGUAUGGAGCAGGAGGAGAUGGAGCAGGAGAGAGAACAGUUACGGCUUCAGUUAUGGGAGGCGUAUUGUCUGGUGCGUUCCAUCUGCUCACAGCUCAGAGGAAAUGACAUCACAGACUCUGCCCUGUCCACAGACUCAUCCAUGGAUGAGUCUUCGGAGACGUUGUCGGUUAAAGACAUACCCACGGGUAGUUUACACUGCAGUCUACUGGAGCUGCGCAGACUAACGCAAAACCUACUGGACGGCAACGAAUCUACGGGUUCUCGUCGCAGUGAUGAAGAGGUUCUUGAGGAGCAUGUCCGUAAACUCGGCGAGGAGCUCCGAGAACUCCGAGAACUGUUCGAGCAAGAACAGAAAAAAACACAUGCCAGCCAGGAAGAGGCACUUCAGCUCCAUAAUCAGGUGGCGCUGCUCUCAGUGGAAGUUUCUUCUUCAAGAGGAGAGAACGAACGAUUGAGAGCGACGAUAGGAGUGCGAGAACCCAAUGAACAGUUACAGAGUGCCAUACGAGACCGAGACGAAGCCAUCGCCAAGAAGAAAGCAGUAGAGAUGGAGCUGGCGAAGUGUAAGAUUGACAUCAUGUCUUUGAACAGUCAGCUGUUAGACGCGAUACAGCAGAAACUAAACCUGUCUCAGCAGUUAGAAGCCUGGCAGUCCUCACCUCACUGCCAGAGAUUCAACAAAGAGGCAACGUCGCUCAUUCGGACAUAUCAAGGCAUUCGCUGAAGAUUAAACUCAGGAUGAACUUCGAAGGCUUUUAGGAUGGAGAUUUAGAGUAUCAACAGGUUGUAGGUUAUAGUUAAUAUUUAACACUGCAACAUUCAAGUCAGAAACCAGCUAAAAACAUUCUGCUCUUUGGUUCAUUCACAAAAUCAGGAUUUUUUUAAAUAAUUAAUUUGAUGUCAUUAGUAUCCUUCUACAUACUGAAGGACUACAAAGUAAAUGUAAAUCACUUUGUAAGUGUUUGUCAGCAUCAUUAAAGGUGAAGUUUGUCAUUUCUGCGGCAGUCGUAUCACCAAAUGAAAUUGCAGAAGUAACACUAUCGCCGUCUGCCAUUGGUGGGCUAAACAGAUAGUUCCGCCCCAAACUCACACCAUUGGUUAAGAUGGUUGGGACUACAUCACCUUAAAUCUGCUGCUAUUAGUGUACGUAUAUCUUUAUUUACCAGUUGCACCUGCUUGUUUACUUAGGACAGUAUUAUGACUCUUUUAUUCACCGAAAUCUUCCGCCUGCUUUAAUGAUAAAAAAACAGGCCUUGUGAGACCUGAAUAUGUGAUGUGAAUGAAACAAAGAGCAGAAGUGUUUCAUUUUAAUUCUGUGGCUGUAGAAACAACACUGCAUCGGAAUUUAGUGUCUAAACAAAUGAAACUGUGGCUCCGUUUGGAAUGGAAUACUAGCAUACUGCUCACUGCAUACUAUGCCACAUAUAGUCAGAUUAAAUUAUGAGUUAAAAAAAAAAUGAAAAAUGAACUUACAGCUGAUAUUGUGAACAGGUUUAUUUGUCAAAUGGAAAGUCAAGAGCAUUGCAUUACUGGACACCAUGCAGGUAUUCUGUGCAUACAGAAAAUUUGCAUACUGUGCUGCAAAUUGCAGAAAUGGUAUGUUAUUAUGCUAUUCCGCACAUAGCCCAGGUCAGUUUUCGGAUGUACUGCCUUGUGCCCUGUUAGAGUGGACAAUUCAGCCUAUGAGAAUGAAGGGAGCACUUGGUCAUGAUUGGAUGUUUUUUCUGUCUCUCAAACCUGGUACCUGUCACCUUUGUGUGUGUUUUGCGUGUGUGUGCGCGUGUUUUGGGUUUGGACAGAUUUUGAGCAAUGCUAUGCAGCUGUCUUCUCCUUUCGUGCCGAGGUGAUUUUAGGUUUGGAGAAUCCCAAAGAAUGAUUUUUAUACGUACAAAGACACAAAUAGGUUUGGAAUAUAUUUGUAAAUGUGUAACUUUUGAAUGAUAAAUCACACUUUUGUAGAACAAUCCACAUGGAAGCGUUUGUCUGUCGGUGUAGUCUGAUUUGUUAAUGUUUCUUGUGCAGUUCUGACGGGUCCGGUUCUGUUCCGCUGUCUGAUUCAAGAUCAGAACUGCAGCUGGAAACUUUUAACUUAAACAUUUGAUACUCGCAAUCCAGACUGAAUAUAUGAUGCUGCUCUUAUCAGGAUAAUAGAUAAAGAACAUAUUAUUAAUCAAGUCUGCACAGGAGGUCCCGUUCCAGGUCUGACUGUAGCUGUUAUGAAAUAAUGUGUUUUCUGCAUGAGCAAAAUGGCAUUUUAAUAAAAUGAAUGUUAAAAAAAAAAAGAAAAGACAUUUCAAAUGGUUAAAUUAAACAUUUAUACUUUUUUACAAAUUGUUGGCUAUUAUUUUGGAUAUUUCCCAAAAGUUUGAGAAAAUGUAUAGGGUACAAUGGGGCGAAAGGCACACCUUAAGAAAAAAAUAAAUAAAUCAAUCAAUAAAAAUCCUUUUAUUGAAUAUUGAUGGAGCAACAUAAUUUGUGUCAUAAUAAAUACUAAUGGAAGGCUGUUUUGAUAAAAAAAAAAAGAAAAACAAAAGUGGGCUAAUUACCCCAGACUUGGGCUAAAAGCCCCCCUGGGGGCUUAUACAGUGUGAGUGUGGGUAUGGGGCAAUAGUUAAAGGGCAAAAUUUCUUCAUUGUGAUUGACUCAGUCAGUGUGAGCCCAUUUUGAACAUUCUUCAUAAGAAAUCUAUUUUGUUCAAAUCUACUUAAGAAAAACAACGUGUUUAGCCCCUGCAAAAAGGGGGCUUUAUUUUUUACCCAGAAUACUAUUUUUUUAACUUAUUCAGCAGUUGUUGAAAAAAUCUUGAUUUAAUCAUCUUGAACAAAGAUUUUGUCACAAAAUUAUUUUAAAAAUUCACUCAAAAUCAAACUUUAAACAUUGCACGUGAUCGUUUUUCUUGCUGUUUAGUGUUCUGGGAGAAAUAAAAUCAAAAGUGCUUAGCACCCUAAGUUUGAUCAGUUGAAGUAACGUUUUUGAAUCCAACUAAAAAUUUAGGCCUGCAGUAACUCCCUUUAAAGAAUCCCUGACUGGGUGCAUUUGCAGGCACAAUCUUAAACCGACAAUGCUUAAUAAGCCGACAUGUGUGGUCAUGUAAACGCCGUUCCUUAUUCGGGUUUUGGUCGUAAACGGUUUAAGCAAAAAACGAUCGAUAUGCAUAGAUUUUUGCCCAUUACCCUGAUAUCGCGUUGCAUGUAAACACCUUUACCAGUGUUCUUACCGGCUUAUCUAAUGUGCAUGAGAGUUGUGCGCAUGACUGUUUACCUUUUGACGUCAAAAGCGGAGAAUAACCCGAUGAAUUCAACUCUCAUGUAAAAGCAGUUUUUGAGUUAUCAGCCUAUUAGUGUGCAUGUAAACGAGCUCAUUUACAGUUAAUGCAUGAAAUCUAAACUGCUGUAAUACAAACACAUGAAGCAUUACUCACUCUUGUGCUUUAAUUCUUCCAGAAGAAUGAAUCAGACAGCAGCCGCAAACCGGAUCCUUCAUAUUAACUGUCAUUUCUGUUUUAUGUGUAAAUCACAUUUCUGUAUCCUCCUGUUCUUUAAUUUCUUUGCGUUUUACACUCUCUGUUCUGUAAUCGUCUCAUGUUGACUUUGUACUGUCUAUCCUUUUGCCAUUUAAAUGCUGUUUUUGCAAGUUUCUCUGCUGCUCUGUCUUCAAUCUGUUCGUGUUUUCGGGACAGCUCCAUUUUUCACAACUCCCAUUUCGAGUAGGCUGCAUCCAAAUUCACACACUUAUAGUACCAAAUACUAAAAGUAGGCCAUAUACACCAAUCAGCCAAAACAUUAAAACCACCUGCCUAAUAUUGUGUAGGUCCCUCUCGUGCCACCAAAACAGCUCCAACACGCAUCUCAGAAGAUGAUAUUCUUCUCAGCACAAUUGUACAGAGUGGUUAUCUGAGUUACUGUAGACUUUGUCAGUUCAAACCAGUCUGGUCAUUCUCUGUUGACCUCUCUCAUCAACAAGACAUUUCCAUACACAGAACUGCUGCUCACUGGAUGUUUUUUGUUUUUGGCACCAUUCGGAGUAAAUUCUAGAGACUGUAAAGUGUGAAAAUCCCAGAAAUACUCAAACCAGCCCGUCUGGCACCAACAAUCAUGCCACGGUCCAAAUCACUGAGAUCACAUUUUUUCCCCAUUCUGAUGGUUGAUGUGAACAUUAACUGAAGCUCCUGACCCGUAUCUGCAUGAUAUUAUGCAUUGCACUGUUGCCACACGAUUGGCCGAUUAGAUAAUCGCUUGAAUGAUUGUUGGUGCCAGACGGGCAUUUUUCAGUCAGAUUCUUUGGUUACCUUAUUGCUUUGGGCACACUAUUUUUAACAUACUAUGAUAGGGGAUGCACUUAUGUUAAGCCUGCAUACUUGUUUAGACAGUAUGUGAAUUGGGACAUUUCUAUAAAUGCCAACAGUCUCUCAAACUAGACGUACUUCCCUUAUAGCUGCACCACAGACAUCCACACGUGUGUUUGAGUGGAUGCAUGUCUUUGUAUUUCACUCACAUAUAUGAGCACAGAAAACAAGUUCCUUCAACAAGGUCAAAGACACUCUAGGUCAACUAUUUCACUGGACAAGAUUCAGGCAAUCUUGAUGAUCCUGUUGGUGUGAAUUUUAAACAAACGACUCAAACACCUUGUUGAUAAUAUUUUUGUUGAAAACAUUGAAUGAUAAAAGAUGACAUUUGAAUAGCUUUGUGAGUAAAUAAUAUUUUGGUCCACCAGCCUUUCAUUAGUGCUAUGUUUUCUUCCUUAAAUGCAUUUUCUAUGACAAAUAUUCAGAUGUAAUACAGUAAAAUCUACUACUACUCAUAACAGCACUAUUGUUGCAGUAACACUCUCAUAAACGGCUGCUAAGAUUACAAUUCAAACCUCACUACAUUUUAGCAUUCAUGUAAAAGCUGUUGAGAGUAUCUUGAUAAUACUAGCUAGAACAAAUAUACUGUCCAUUACUGAAAUAUAAAGAAUGUGAUUUCUCAAAAGUCUAAUUGUUUAUUACAAAUGGACUCAAUUUAAAGUGAAUUAUUAUAUACAGUUAAAGUUUUGCCUUUUUAAAUAUUCUUCACUUUCAGGCAGACUGCAAACAAAAUUGUGUUUAUAUGUGCAUUUAUCAGUAAUAUUGUAGUAAAAUAACCCAGAUUUUCUACUUUGUUUUUUAAGGUACAGUACUGUGCAUAGGUUUUAGGCACUUGGGGAAAAUGUUGCAUAGUGAGGAUGUCUUCAAAAAUAAUGCCGUAAAUAGUUUUCAUUUAUCACUUAAUGUCAUACAAAGUCCAGUAAACAUAAAAAAGCUAAAUCAAUAUUCGGUGUGACCACAUUUACCUUUAAAACAGCCCCAAUUCUCCUAGAAACACCUGGACACAGUUUCUCUUGGUUGUUGGCAGAUAGGAUGUUCUAAGCUUCUUGGAGAAUUCACCACAGUUCUUCUAUCCAUUUAGGCUGUCUCAGUUGCUUCUGUCUCUUUAUGUAAUCUCAGACUGACACGAUGUUCAGUGGGGGCUCUGUGAGGGCCAUGCCAUCUGUUGCAGGGCUCCCUGUUCUUCUAUCUAUUUCGACUGUCUCAAUUACUUCUGUCUCUUUAUGUAAUCUCAGACUGACACGAUGUCCAGUGGGGGCCAUGACAUCUGUUGCAGGGCUCCCUGUUCUUCUAUCUAUUUCAGCUGUCUCAGUUGCUUCUGUCUCUUUAUGUAAUCUCAGACUGACACUAUGUUCAGUGGGGGCUCUGUGAGGGCCAUGACAUCUGUUGCAGGGCUCCCUGUUCUUCUACCUAUUUCAGCUGUCUCAGUUGCUUCUGUCUCUUUAUGUAAUCUCAGACUGACACGAUGUUCAGUGGGGGCUCUGUGAGGGCCAUACCAUCUGUUGCAGGGCUCCCUGUUCUUCUAUCUACUUCGACUGUCUCAAUUACUUCUGUCUCUUUAUGUAAUCUCAGACUGACACGAUGUUCAGUGGGGGCUCUGUGAGGGCCAUGCCAUCUGUUGCAGGGCUCCCUGUUCUUCUAUCUACUUCGACUGUCUCAAUUGCUUCUGUCUCUUUAUGUAAUCUCAGACUGACACGAUGUUCAGUGGGGGCUCUGUGAGGGCCAUGCCAUCUGUUGCAGGGCUCCCUGUUCUUCUAUCUAUUUCGACUGUCUCAGUUGCUUCUGUCUCUUUAUGUAAUCUCAGACUGACACGAUGUUCAGUGGGGGCUCUGUGAGGGCCAUGCCAUCUGUUGCAGGGCUCCCUGUUCUUCUAUCUAUUUCGACUGUCUCAGUUGCUUCUGUCUCUUUAUGUAAUCUCAGACUGACACGAUGUUCAGUGGGGGCUCUGUGAGGGCCAUGCCAUCUGUUGCAGGGCUCCCUGUUCUUCUAUCUAUUUCAGCUGUCUCAAUUACUUCUGUCUCUUUAUGUAAUCUCAGACUGACACGAUGUUCAGUGGGGGCUCUGUGAGGGCCAUGCCAUCUGUUGCAGGGCUCCCUGUUCUUCUAUCUAUUUCGGCUAUCUCAGUUGCUUCUGUCUCUUUAUGUAAUCUCAGACUGACACUAUGUUCAGUGGGCGCUCUGUGAGGGCCAUGCCAUCUGUUGCAGGGCUCCCUGUUCUUCUAUCUAUUUCAGCUGUCUCAGUUGCUUCUGUCUCUUUAUGUAAUCUCAGACUGACACGAUGUUCGUUGGGGCGCUCUGUGGGGGGCCGUGACGUCUGUUGCAGGGCUCUCCGUUUUUCUAUUUAGGCUGUCUCAGUUGCUUCUGUCUCUUUAUGUAAUCUCAGACUGACACGAUGUUUGGUGGGGCACCAUGACAUCUGUUGCAGGGCUACCUGUUCUUCUAUCUAUUUCGGCUGUCUCAAUUGCUUCUGUCUCUUCAUGUAAUCUCGGACUGACACAAUGUUCGGUGGGGUGCUCUAUGGGGGCCAUGACAUCUGUUGCAGGGCUCCCUGUUCUUCUAUUCUAAUCUUUUCUAUUUGCAAAAGUAAUGUUUGUGAGUCUAACAUUUAUAUUUCCUAUUGACUCACAAAAGCUGAAGAUAUAAAAAACCAUCUUAAGACAAAUGUUUUUGUGAAACAUCUUAUGUGCCUUAGACUUUUGCACAGUACUGUAUGUACGAGUAAGAUGAGCUUGAGUUUUUAUAAUUAUCAAAUUCUUAUAUUUCCAAUGGAUUCAUCACAAACUAAGUUAUAUACAAAUGCAAACAAACAUAUUCCAUGUUUAAAA